ACUUCCCCCGGAACCCAGAUCAUCCGAGCGAUUUCCUGUUUAUUGCGUUAAAGUCGGCAGGUUUCCGGGGACACGGGGCUGUGCCGGGCUCCGGGGAACGUGUGGCGGGAAGGGCUGAGCCUUGUGAUCGGUGGCGAGAAUGGCGGCCUCCCCGCUCCCCAUCCCUCCUGUGCACACCCGCUCAUCGGGCGGGAAACUCCCCGUCCCAGCAAGCCCCGCUCACCCGCCUCCGGCACCGCGGCUUACGUCCUCCAGUGCACCGCACAGGGAUAACGCCGGGCAUUGCCCGGUAGCAGCUGGGGCUUCUCUCCUCUGCACGUACUGACCCGGUGCUCUCCCGCCACCGGGUCACCCGCCUGCACCGGCCGCUGCUGCCGUGGACUCACAGUGCUAUUAUAUCAUGCUGCAAUAUGCGUGUCCAGCUCACUGUAUACACUCCUAUAUCUGGCAUGCUGAUGUCCUUAGUAGAUUUGGGAAAGAAGCUUUUAGAGGCUGCUCGAGCUGGUCAAGAUGAUGAAGUCCGCAUUUUAAUGGCAAAUGGAGCACCUUUUACAACAGACUGGCUUGGGACAUCUCCACUCCAUCUAGCAGCUCAGUAUGGUCAUUAUUCCACCACUGAAGUAUUACUUAGGGCAGGAGUGAGUAGAGAUGCACGGACAAAAGUUGACAGAACUCCCUUGCACAUGGCAGCCUCAGAGGGGCAUGCAAACAUUGUAGAAGUUUUACUGAAGCAUGGGGCUGACAUCAAUGCCAAAGACAUGUUGAAGAUGACUGCUCUCCACUGGGCGACUGAACACAAUCACCAAGACGUAGUUGAACUUUUCAUAAAAUAUGGAGCAGAUGUCCAUACUCAAAGCAAGUUCUGCAAAACUGCAUUUGAUAUCUCUGUAGAUAACGGAAAUGAGGAUCUUGCAGAAAUACUCCAGCUUGCAAUGCAAAACCAAAUUAAUACAAAUCCAGAAAGUCCAGAAACUGUAACAAUACAUACAGCUACUCCACAAUUCUUCAUUGGCCCCGGAGGUGUAGUAAAUCUGACAGAUGACAAUGGGAUAUCUUCUACAGUGCAGUUUGGCAAUUCGUCAACCUCUGUUUUAGCUACACUGGCAGCAUUAGCUGAAGCCUCUGCUCCAUUGUCCAAUUCCUCUGAAACACCAGUGGUGGCUACAGAAGAAGUGGUAACUGCUGAGUCGGUGGAUGGUGCAAUUCAACAAGUAGUUAGGUCUGGUGGACAACAGGUCAUCACAAUAGUGACAGAUGGCAUCCAUCUUGGUAAUCUCCAGUCUGCUAUCCCAUCGAGUGGAAUAGGUCAGCCAAUUAUUGUCACUAUGCCAGAUGGUCAGCAAGUAUUGACUGUACCAGCAACUGACAUUGCAGAAGAAACUGUGAUCAGCGAAGAGCCCCCGUCUAAAAGACAAUGCAUUGAGAUCAUCGAAAACCGCAUGGACUCUGCAGAAAUUGAGAUUCCAGAAACUUCUGGAUCAGAAAUCUAUAUUGUGAAUACUCAGGAGUUCUCUCAGGAAAGAGAAUCCCUUCAGAAGCAACUUGACGAAGCUAACCGAGAAGCCCAGAAGUACCGACAGCAACUGAUGAAGAAAGAACAAGAGGCAGAGGCAUACCGGCAGAAGUUAGAAGCCAUGACCAGGCUGCAGACUAAUAAAGAAGUGGUUUAAAAUGCUAGCUGGACAGAUAUAGUUUUUUGAUAUUUUUAUUCAAGAAGAUGGCUCAGGACCUGUUCUGUGCACUGCUAAAUACCACGGGUGGAACAUGCAGAAAAUGUGAGCAUUGCCAGAGAACAGAUCUCCAGAAAGGACACGGAUCAUACAAGUGCUGGUCUUACAAAGGUCAAUCCUUGUGAAAAGUAUUUAAGAUUAAAUACUGUACAUAUUUUUUUUUUCUUAUUUUUUUAUGUAGUUUCUUUUUACAGUUAGCAAAUAAGUUGAUACUGAUUUUUGGAAAGAUGCAGAGAUCAUUGUCAACAAAUUUGACGAAAUUUGAUGUGUAAGAAAGGGGUGCAGGAAAGCACCUCUUCAUUGUGACAUUCUGCAAAAACUUCUUAUAUCUGCAGUGCUUUCUUUAAACGGAUCAACGAGGCCUUUGAGGUUA